AUGGCGUCCGCCGGUCAGCGGUUGCUGGGUUUCGGAGACGCUACGUUCACCGAAACGGACCAGGACGCAAAUUCAGCGUUGACAGAACUCGACAAAGGACUCCGGUCGGGCCGGCUGGGCGAGCAAUGCGAGACCAUCGUGCGGUUCCCGCGUCUCUUCGAGAAGUACCCCUUCCCGAUCUUGAUCAACUCGGCCUGCUUGAAGCUGGCUGAGGUGUUCCGGGUGGGCAGCAACUUUCUACGCAUGCUGGUGCUCAAGGUGGUGCAGCAGAGCGAGCGGCACCUCGACAAGGUGCUCAAUAUCGAUGAGUUCGUGCGGCGCAUCUUCUCUGUCAUGUACAGCAACGAUCCCGUCGCCCGAGCGCUGACGCUCAGGACGCUAGGAAGCAUUGCGGCCAUUGUGGCUGAGCGUAAGGACCUCCACCAUAGCAUCCGCAGCAGCCUCGAGUCUCACGACGCCGUGGAGCAGGAGGCGGCCAUCUUCGCAGCUGCACGCUUCGCUGCCCAGUCCAAGGCAUUUGCGGCCAACAUGUGUGCCCGUAUUGGUCAGAUGAUCCAGGGUCUGGCGACACCGGUGGACACCAAGCUUCGCCUUCUGGGCGUGCUCGAGGGGCUGCAUCAGGAUGCCCCCACCGCCGCCCUGGUGCGGGACGAGUGCCUGCACCGUCUGCUGCCCCGCUACCCGUCUCAGAGCCUGGUACAGGCCACGCUGCGGGUGCUCACCCGCCUUGCUGCCGCCACCGUAACUCACAUUCCUAGCCAGAUCGGGACACUGGUGGAGUACCUGAGGGACGACCCCCGGGAGGGGGUCAAGGCCCAAGCGCUGGAUGACCUCUGCCUGCUGGCCACCGAGCAGCCUCACCUCUGGGACACCGACAACGUGCACGCGGUGGUGCAGUAUGCACUGAGCACCCCGUACCUGAACCUCAAGUGUGGGGCCCUGUCGGUGCUGGUGCUGCUGGCCCAGUCGGUUGCCGUCGACAAGUUCGACCUAAUGCCAGACGGUCCUGUGCUGCAGCUGUGCCGCGAAGGCAUCUUUCACCACCAGGUGCGGCUGGCAUCGGCUUCCAUUCGUCUGCUCACUCAUCUGGCCAUUCACGCCGCCCGGGAGGACUUACUGGAUCUCAUGCCGGAGGUGUCAAGCGCCAUCGAGACCCUGCUGAUGAUUCUGUGCACCCAGGAGUCAGAAAGCGAUGACGCCAGCCAUGCUCUGAGGGGUUGCUUGCGGUGCAUUGUACUGCUGUGCGAUGCAGACUCUGACCUCUGCAGCCAAUUCGUGGAUGUGUUGGGCUCCUUUCUCUCCUUCUGGUCAGGGGCUGCCAUGCUGUCUGUGUGCGAAGGCCUGUGUGCCCUAGGGAAGCCGGCGGUGUGGGGUGCUGAGCCGCAUCGAGCCCCGCAUCCGGCAGCUUCUCAGCACGGCCAGCAGGGGUGCCAUGCCAGCCAUUCCUCCCAAGGCAUUGGUGUUGCUGUGGACGCUGGUUCUGCAGGCAGGAGUGGAGAGGGGUUCCGUUCCCGUAUCCUGGAAGAAGGUUUGGCAGGCAUGGAUGCCUGGAGCGUCUACAGAAUUGCGCGGCAGGCCACUCGCUACGGACACUUUGCGGCUGCUGCACCUCUUUUCUCCAACCUUGCCAACAAGGUGAGCUCGGAGCAGCUGCACUUCUGGCUGGUGACUGGCGAGCUGUGCCGAGCCGAGGAGAGCCUUCUGGUGCGCAAGGGGCAGAUGCAGCUGACGGAUGCACUCACCCAUUACGUGCGGGCCAUUUCGGCACUCAAGGCGGCCACGACACCCGCGCAUGCGCUGCAGUUUCAGGCAGAGUACGUGCGGCUGCGCUGCGAAGGGGUGCGGGCACACGCACAGCUGCUGCAGGCGUGCAGCUGCCUUCGCACAGCACCUCCUCCAGCCAUUGCUGCCUCCGUUGCGUCAGCCACACGGGACGAGCUUCAGAAGUGUGGACGCGUCGUUGCACAGCUGCGCAAGUGUUCCCGUGACUUCAAGUCCCUGGCUGACCAAUACGGCGUUCUGUACCAGACACUGUUCGAUGCUGACCCAGGCACCCUGCGUAACGUCCAACUAUUGCAGCAGAAUGCCCUUCUGGUCAUGCAGGCCAUUGACCGCAUCUCCCAAUACAACCAAGGCAUCAACUCUAGCGAGGAAGGCAGCAGUCUGGUGUGGAUGGAGCAGCAGCCGAGCUCUGGCUCCUCGUCACUCAGCGAGCACCGGCUCUUGGAGGCUGCACACAGGGGGCUGCUCUGGUUGCGUGAUCUGCGACACCAGAACACCCUCACUCCACAGCAGGUGCAGCUGGUGGAACGCCUGAGCCAGGAGCUAGUGCUGGUGGCCCCAUGCCUGCCACGCUACUUCUUCCAAGCCCUGCAGGCCACAACCAUCAAGCUGGCCGUGUCGCCCCAGCAGAAGGGCACGGGCGAACCCCUGUUCCUGGCACAGCAUGCGCAGCUGGCGUUGCGUGUUGAGGGCGUGGUGCAGCACCGAUCGCCAGCAGGGUCACCUGCCCGCACCGUUCACAAGGUUCUCGUCUCCCUCACCACCACACCACCUGGCCGGAGCCAGAAUGCCACAUCGGACACCAAGGUCCCGCCCGGAGGAGAUGCGGUCCAGCUGAGCGAGGUGGUGCAGCCGCACAACGACUACUUCCAGGCCCAGUUCCUGGUGGCACUGACCGGCCAGGGACUGCACACAGUCACUAUCGACACGGCCGUCCUGGACGCCCAGCACACCCUGUGGAAGACCGGUCCUCAGGUGAAAUGCCAUGACGAUGCCAAGCCGUCAGCGUCGAUGGCAGGGCCGUCUGGCAUGGCACCUGCGCUGAAGCCUCCAGCGCCUCCUCCACCUCCCCAGCCCUUCCCAUCACCAGCACGCGUGCCCUAG